AUGAAGAAAAAUGGUUAUGCUCACGGAAAGCGGAGGAUUAAUUCUCGAACAAGCCUUGCUCAAAGGGAAGACGUGAUCAGGAGGUCUGUCUACGUUUCUGACAUUGAUCAUCAGUACAUUGCAAUAUCUCCCAAUCGAUUUGCAGAAGGGGCAAGAAAUGCUUUGAGCAUGAGUGGGACCAUGCUUGGAUACUAUCCAGUGAAAGUGCUUCCUUCCAAAACUGCAAUUGUGCCUGUUAACCCGACUUUCUUGCCAAGAGUUACUCAAGCAGAUGUUAAGCUCCUCUUCGAGUCUCUUCGUGGAGAGGUUCAUCGUUUGAGGUUGCUUGACGAUUAUCAUUACGCCACUCGUAUAGCUUUUGUGGAGUUUGUUAUGGCUGAUAAUGCAAUAGUUGCUCUGAAUAGUGGUGUUGUCUUAGUGCAAUAG